GGCUAAGGAGAGAAUCAAGAGUCUCGAAUCUGAAAAGACGGCGCUUCAGGCCCGGAUCAUAGAGCUUGAGAAUGAGAUAGCUACCUUCACCUCCAGCACAGAGGCUAGCUCAAAGCUUCAGGCAGAUCUUGAUUCCAUGAAGGCUGAGUUUAACGAACUGCAAAUCAAAUCUCAAACCCUACAGUCGGAUCUAGGUGCUGCUCAACAAUUAGCUCAGAGUCGCUAUAAGGACCUUACAGAUUUACGUGAAGUUCUGACCAAGGCCCAACCUGAGCUCAGAAGUUUGCGCCAAGAAUCUGCGACUUUAAAAGCCACUAAGGAAGAGUUAGCUUCUAAGCAGGGCGAGCUCCGGAAUCUUGAGAAACGCGAGAAGGACCUUAAGAAUGAAGUUACCAGAGCUCAGCGCUUAGCAUCGGAUCGUGACUCCGAGAUCAAACUACUCAAUGAUAGACUAAAUGCUGAAAAAACAUCCCGAGCUAGACUCGAGGAUGAGAAACGUGUGGCUGGGAGAGACUAUCGUCGUGCCGAAGCCGAGAAGAUUGAGCUAUCCGCCAAAGCCGAAAAGGCUGGUCGCGAGCUAGAAUCUUUACAAUCCGAACUCUCUACCCUUCGCCCCAAGGUUAAGCGACUCGAGGACGAGGUCGCCAAGUUUAAGAAAGAGAAGAGCGCUAUUAAGGAGGAGGCAGAGCUGAAGACGCAGCAAUACAACAAUGCACAGGGUCUUCUUGGUUCUAUGCGUGACCAAACGGCCGAGUUAUCAAUCCAACUCAAGGAGGCGCAAAGCCAAACCGAAAGCCUAGAGGAGGAACUAGCCGAAGUACAAAAACAUCUUUCCGAACGAACGCGAGAGGGUGAAACGAUGCGACGCAUGCUUGCUGAUGUCGAUGGACGAGCGGACGCGAAAGUGCGAGAGAUGCGUGCUCGGAUGGAUGCAGCUGUCGAGGAGCGUGACCGAAUCGAAGAUGAGUUGUCUACUCUCGCUCGGCGUCGCGUGCGUGAAUCCGAAGAACUUAAAAACAAAGUUCGCGAGCUCGAACGUGAGGUCCGAACUCUCUCUAGCGAAAAGGACGAACUAGAAGCCCGUGAGAGGGAUUGGCGUCGUCGCCGUGAGGAGAUCGAGCAAGCCGAAGAGAAAUCCGCAGCCGAAGUGGAUGAUAUGCGCACGGCAGUCACUAACUUACGAUCCGCGUUGGACGCAUCCGAGCAACAAGUGCGUGAUGCCGAGAAGCAGCGCUCCGACCUACGGAAACUUUUGGACGAGGCCAGAGGACGUUACGAGAAGGCAAACAAGGAGCUCAAGAAUAUCCAGGCUAGAUUCAAUGUUGGUGGCGGCGGCACCCCAAACAUCGCGAGUAGUGGAAGAUCUAGCGUCGAUUCUACACGGAGUGGUGUCAACGGCGCAGCUACUUCCGGGGCCGGAUCUCCUAGUCCAGAUACGAUGUACCUGAAGGCUAUUUUGUUGCAGUUCCUCGAGAUGAAGGACGAGAAAACCCGCGCACAGUUAGUACCCGUGUUGGGGAAACUGUUGCGGUUUGAUCGCAACGACGAACAAAAAUGGAUGACUGCCGUCCAGCAUCUGUCGAGACCUGGCAGAUAGGAGAUCGGACGGUAGGGAUGGUGGUGAUCGGUGUGUAUCAUAGAUGCUGCAUAGCGUGGAGUCCAUUGUAUAAAAGCUGUGGGGAUUGUUGGCUAUGUAAUCUACAAGUGUCUUUUUGUCUCGCGGAUAGGUGUAGGAAUAAUGUAAAGGGCUCAUCUGUCCAGGUGUGUUGCAGUCCUUCCCAAUCCAUUUUCUAACCCAAUACUAGGUCCUGUCUUAGCUGCCCAGUGUUUACAACAGGAACCUGCCUAGCUAGGUAGGUAGGUACUAGGUAGUUUAAGUUCUAGACACUACAUUCGACGCAAUGGCGUUUUUGCCACCACACGAAUAAGGCCAUCUAUAACUGCAGGAGAUGUUCGCCAAGUUGAAUAUAAUAGGGCAUGAAUCGGCACAGGCUAUACUUUCAGCUCAAGUCAAACUAAUAUGCCACGCGACUUUUCACAGCGCGUGUCUGUACGCGAAUUACCAUCAGCUGUUAGCUUAAAAUGCAACUAGUCUACCUAUUUAACCGUCACUAGUCGAUAGCUGUUACCGGUCACUGCC